AUGGUGAUGGUUGGCCCCGACCCCUUGAACCAGAGCGCAGAUUCGCCAUCAAGACAACCCACAUCGAAUUCAUGUGUGGUCUGUCACAACCGAAAAGUCAAGUGUGACCGACAGGACCCGUGCUCGAAUUGCGCAAAAGCGGAUGUAGAAUGCAUCUAUCGGGCACCACCCCCUCCUCGCCGUCGCAAGCGAGAAGAGACAGGCAGCGUGUCUCAGGGACGCGGGAAAUCUCUUAGACGCAUGGAGCCCGGUAGUGGCUCUGCAACUCCGAACCGAGGGCAGAUGGGCCAAGCUUCCACAAAUCACACCAAGAAAAGUGGAUCUGGGAGGAUGAUCAUGAAAGAUGGCAAUUCUGUCUAUCUCGACACUAAUCUCUGGACGAGUGUUAGCAAUGAGCUUCCAGACGCCGCAGAUGUACUGGGUGAUGUAUCGGAUAGCGCCGCCGAUGACUCUGCUCAGGAUGUUGACGGCGAUAGUAUAUUACUCUUGACCUCUACGACCAGGGAAAACCUUACUGGAUUACAUCCGAGUCCCUUGCACAUUUUCAAGCUGUGGCAGGCAUUUCUUGAGAAUGUGAACCCUCUCACCAAGAUCGUACAUGCCCCAACCGUGCAGCAACAGAUUCUGGAGGCGAUGAGUGACCUUCCCAACAUAAAUAAAGAUCUAGAGGCACUGAUGUUCUCCAUCUACUGUAUCGCAUUGGUUUCUUUGCAAGCAGCGGAUGUAGAAAAAUCAUUUGGAGAAAGUAAAAAGGCCCUUCUAUUAAAGUGCAGACGAGGAGCUCAACUCGGCUUCAAGAAUGCAUCGCUCCUUCGCACGUCAAGCUCGAUGGUUCUUCAAGCGUUUAUGCUUUAUCUACUAUGCAUGCGUUCGUUUUCGGACCCGCAUACCAUCUGGACUCUAUGUGGUAUCGCAACGCGGAUUGCGCAGCGCAUUGGAAUCCAUCGCGAUGGAUCUAGUCACGGCAUCUCAGUAUUUGACACUGAGAUACGUCGCCGCAUCUGGUUCCAGCUCAUGAUCAUAGACGCUACAUCUGCACAGUUCUGUGGCGUGGCCUCAACGCCCCUACCAGGAGCAAUCGACGUACAGCCACCAAUGAACGCAAACGAUAGUGACCUUGAUCCACGCAUGACAGAGCCAGCAUAUGAAAAAGAAGGAGCAACAGAAAUGAUAUUCUGCCUAGCUCGCAGUGCAUUUGGAAAAUGGCUUCAUCGCUGGUCAAAAGAAGCCGAAGGAACCAACACUAGUCCGUGGUAUUUUCUCACUGCCUCGUCACUGACCCUCAAUGAAAAGGACAGAGCAAUCGAUGAGCUUGAAGCACACAUGAAAGAUAAAUUCUUCCGCCAUUGUGAUACAUCCAUCCCUCUCCACAUCGCUACUUCCAUGAUGGCAAGUUCAGCUAUACACUACACCCGACUAAUGGCCCAUCAUCCUCGCCAAUACCCCGAUCCCACUCGGAUCCCCCAAUCAGAGAAGGACAUCAUAUUCGAGCACGCGCUGAAGAUGACAGAGCAUGCCGAUUACGCUCAAACCUGUUCCGCUGUUCAAAAAUAUUCCUGGCACAUGGUGAACCACAUACCCUGGGACGCCAUCGUCCUACUGCUCUCGGACAUGCGACAUCGACGCAACCACGAAGAGAAAAGCAAAGUCUGGCAUCUAAUAGGCAACGUAUAUUCUCGCAAUCUCCAAGAAAGCAAGGGCAUCCAAACACCUCUCCACAGAGCGAUCCAAACCUUGAUUGUCAAGGCUUGGCGGGCGUACAUCGAUGAGUGUAACCAACAUCAUCGCACUCCAACGCCUUGUCCUACAAUUGUUGCAACAUUGCUAGCCAGCGCAAAGGGUACUGGGACUUAUGAGUCACAAUCACAACCUCUAGAGGAGAUCGGAGUUGUUGAGAAUGGGGCGUCACAAGACCAGCCUGAACACGAUUUUCCGACGGCACGGUUUGACCCGGCUGACGGUUUCGAAUUCUUACUUGGCGACAGCCCGAUUGAUUGGAAUGAGUGGGAUACUCUGCUCAAUCAGUUCCCAGCUAGUCUGCCUGAUGAUGCAACAUAG